UGUGUACCAUUUACAGGAGCCUUGAAUCACCAAGACCCAUCAGGGUCUUUCUCUUCUUGGCCUCUGAAAGGACCAGGCCUAAGGAAACAAGAUGGGGAAGGCGGACAAGUACGAAAUGUACUCUGUAGAAAUGGAGAAAGACUCUGGUGGGGAGAUGGAUGUGAAAAUCAAGAAGAAGAAGGCCAAAGGAGCAAAGAAGAAGGAGAAACUGGAGAAUAUGAAGAAAGAGAUGGAUGUGGAUGACCAUCAGUUGUCUGUGGAGGACUUGGAACUGAAGCAUCGAACCAACGUUACAAAGGGUUUGAACAGCACAGUAGCUGGGGAGAUCUUCCUUCGUGAUGGUCCCAAUGAGCUGAAGCCCCCCAAGGGCACUCCGGAGUAUGUGAAGUUUGCCCGUCAGCUGGCUGGGGGGCUGCAGUGUCUCAUGUGGGUGGCAGCUGCCAUCUGCCUCAUCGCCUUUGGCAUCCAGUGUGGGCAAGGAGAUCUUACUAGUGCGGACAAUCUCUACUUGGCUAUUGCCCUCAUUGCUGUGGUGGUUGUGACCGGCUGCUUUGGGUACUACCAAGAAUUCAAAAGCACCAAUAUCAUUGCAAGCUUCAAGAAUCUGGUGCCACAGCAAGCCACGGUGAUUCGAGAUGGAGACAAGUUCCAGAUUAAUGCCAAUCAGCUGGUGGUCGGUGACCUAGUGGAGAUCAAAGGGGGAGACCGGGUCCCGGCAGACAUCAGGAUCAUCACUGCCCAAGGAUGCAAGGUGGAUAAUUCCUCUUUGACAGGGGAAUCAGAACCCCAGACGAGAUCCCCAGAAUGCACCCAUGAGAGUCCUCUGGAAACCAGAAACAUUGCAUUUUUCUCUACCAUGUGCUUAGAAGGCACAGCCACUGGCAUCAUCAUUAACACUGGAGACCGCACCAUCAUUGGACGUAUUGCGAGCUUGGCUUCAGGAGUGGAGAAUGAGAAAACACCCAUCGCCAUCGAGAUAGAGCAUUUUGUCGACAUUAUUGCUGGCUUGGCCAUCUUUUUUGGUGCCACCUUCUUUGUGGUCGCGAUGGUGAUUGGCUACCCCUUCCUCAAAGCCAUGGUCUUCUUCAUGGCUAUUGUGGUGGCCUACGUCCCUGAGGGUCUCCUGGCAACUGUCACUGUGUGUCUUUCCCUCACAGCCAAGCGUCUAGCCAGGAAGAACUGUGUAGUAAAGAACUUGGAGGCGGUAGAGACGCUAGGCUCAACUUCUGUCAUCUGCUCUGACAAAACUGGAACCCUUACACAGAACCGUAUGACAGUCGCCCAUCUUUGGUUUGACAACCAAAUCCAUACAGCAGACACAACAGAAGACCAGUCAGGGCAGAGUUUUGACCAGUCAUCAGAGACGUGGAGAGCUCUAUGCAAAGUGGUGAGCCUUUGCAAUCGUGCCUUUUUCAAGUCAGGCCAGGAUAAUGUACCCAUUCCAAAGCGGAUUGUGAUUGGAGAUGCCUCGGAGACCGCCCUCCUGAAAUUUUCUGAGAUCACUCUUGGCAAUGUGAUGGAGUACCGGGAACGCUACAGAAAAGUCUGUGAGAUCCCCUUCAACUCCACAAACAAGUUCCAGUUGUCCAUCCAUGAGUUAGAGGACUCUCGAGACCAGCGCCACUUGCUGGUGAUGAAAGGCGCUCCUGAGCGCAUCCUGGAACGCUGUUCCACCAUCAUGAUUAAGGGCCAAGAGCUGCCCCUUGAUGAGCAGUGGAAGGAAGCUUUCCAAACAGCUUACAUGGACCUUGGUGGACUGGGCGAACGUGUGCUUGGAUUCUGUCACAUUUACCUUCCCCAGAGUGAGUUCCCACGUGGCUACAACUUUGACAGUGAGGAAAUGAACUUCCCCACCAGCGGACUCUGCUUUGCAGGCCUCAUCUCCAUGAUCGAUCCGCCCAGAGCCACUGUGCCUGACGCUGUCAUGAAAUGCCGCACUGCAGGGAUCCGGGUCAUCAUGGUGACAGGUGACCAUCCCAUCACUGCAAAGGCCAUUGCUGCCAGUGUGGGCAUCAUCUCAGAGGGCAGUGAAACAGUUGAAGAUAUUGCUACCCGGCUGCGCAUCCCCGUGGAGCAGGUCAACAAGCGGGAUGCCCGGGCAUGUGUGGUCAAUGGGGGUCAGCUGAAAGACAUGGAAAGCGAGGAACUCGUGGAGAUUCUGAAGAUGCACCCUGAGAUGGUGUUUGCUCGUACCUCUCCUCAACAGAAACUCAUCAUUGUUGAAAGCUGUCAGAAGCUGGGUGCAAUCGUGGCUGUAACAGGAGAUGGGGUCAAUGACUCCCCAGCAUUGAAGAAAGCUGAUAUCGGUGUAGCGAUGGGCAUUGCUGGCUCUGACGCAGCCAAGAACGCAGCUGACAUGAUCUUGCUGGAUGACAAUUUUGCCUCUAUCGUCACCGGUGUUGAGCAGGGCCGUCUCAUCUUUGACAAUCUCAAGAAAUCCAUUGCCUAUACCCUGACCAAGAAUAUCCCAGAGCUGACUCCCUACUUGAUCUACAUCACUGUCAGUGUCCCCCUUCCUCUUGGAUGCAUCACCAUCCUCUUUAUUGAACUGUGCACAGACAUUUUCCCCUCUGUGUCUCUGGCCUAUGAGAAAGCUGAGAGCGAUAUCAUGCACCUGAAGCCACGCAAUCCUCGACGGGACCGUCUGGUCAAUGAAGCCCUGGCUGUCUAUUCCUAUUUCCAGAUUGGAGCCAUCCAGUCCUUUGCUGGCUUCACCGAUUACUUCACUGCCAUGGCCCAAGAAGGCUGGUACCCUCUGAAGUGUGUGGGCCUUCGGGCCGACUGGGAGAAUGACCAUCUCCAGGACCUUGAGGACAGCUAUGGGCAACAGUGGACAUUUGGGCAGCGCUUGUACCAGGAGUAUACAUGCUACACUGUCUUCUUCAUUAGUAUUGAGAUGUGCCAGAUCGCUGAUGUACUCAUCCGUAAGACACGACGUCUCUCUGUCUUCCAGCAAGGAUUCUUCCGAAACAAAGUCCUGGUGAUUGCUAUCGUGUUCCAACUUUGCCUGGGCUGCUUCCUCUGCUAUUGCCCUGGAAUGCCCAAUAUCUUCAACUUUAUGCCCAUAAGAUUCCAAUGGUGGCUAGUGCCACUGCCCUACGGCGUCCUCAUCUUUGUCUAUGAUGAAAUCCGAAAGCUGGGAGUCCGGAGACAUCCUGGAAGUUGGUGGGACAAAGAACUCUAUUAUUGAAAUGGUAUGGACAGUGCUUUUUCUCACCCCCGGAGCAAGGGGCAAAAAACUACAAAGGCAAAGAAUCAAAGACGUGGUUCUACCAUUGACUUUCAGCUGUGCCAAGCUUACUGCAUCUUUCGCAUCUCUUUCAGAGAAAGCUUCCUUCUCUACUAGCCCUUCAUCAAGAAACUGUUUUGAGAUUCUGGUGUGCAAAGCAGGAAAGAAAACGAACAGGGUUCUGUACAUGCUGAGAUAGCAGCCGAGUUGAUCUUGAGCACAGAAUUACGCAUUACAAAAAAAAUGAAUAUUAAAUACCAAGUUUGUAGCUCUGAACAUUUCAAAGAGAAAACUGAAAGUACCAGAGUAAAAAAAAAAUUCAAUAGAAGGGAUGGGACGGUAAGCAAGGCAGCCUUGCAUAACUGCAUCUCUCCCCCAGGAAGGGCAGAAUUAAAAACAAACUCAGAUGAAAUAAAUGUAUGCCUCAUUUAUAAACACUUUUGAGUCAGAAUUGUUUUGCUUUAUUAAGCCUGGAAUUUCACAGAUGCAGUGCUGUCAUAAAGUUGACCAACUGAGUGAGAAUGGGCCUAUAAACAGCCAGCAACUGGUCACCCACAAUGAAUCACACUUGAUGCAAGGUGGCCAGGCAAUGAAGUAAAGAUU